UCCUUCCCCGCAAAAGCCAAACUUUCUGUUAUUAAUUCCAUCAAUUCAUUCAUUCCUUCAUUCAAUCACUCUCGGUCUCCUUCCGAGAAGAACCCCAAAGAUGUUUCCUUCUGCAUCCCAAUUAAUGGGCCGACCGACCGACCGCUCAAUUACCUGUUCCUUAGUUGUCUUCCUCCUCCUUCCCCCCCAACUCUUUCUCGGAACUUCCAACAAUCGUUCCCUCUAUUAAUAUAUACCAUCCGCCCAACCCCAAUCUCCACUGCCCACAAUCGGAUUCGGGUCUGACAUCUUCUCUGAUCAUCAAAGCUCGAACCUUUCUUUCUCAUCAAUGGCGUCUUCCAAGAAUUCAGCCGCCCCUCAGAACUUCCACGACUUCUUGCCCGUCAUGGCCCAGAAGCUCGGCGGCGAAGGCCUCAUCGGGGAGCUUUGUAACGGGUUCAACCUGCUGGUGGACGGGGAAAAAGGGGUCAUCACGUUUGACAGCUUGAAGAGGAACGCGGCCCUCCUGGGGUUGAAGGACCUGAGCGACGACGAUCUUCGGUCUAUGUUGAGGGAGGGGGAUUUCGACGGCGAUGGGGCGCUUAAUCAGAUGGAGUUCUGUGUCCUGAUGUUUAGACUGAGCCCCGAGCUGAUGGACGAGUCCGAGGCUCUGUUGGAGGAGGCCCUUGAGGAGGACUUCAGGGGAUUUUGCUGAUGGAUUCUUGAUUGCUUCCCUAUUGACAGACCCAGACUUACUGAGAUUUUUCGGCUUUCUUAUGCUGUAAUCUGAUUCUUGAUUUGUUGUGACUUAUUCAAUGGAAUAAUACAUAUGGAAAAAAUUUAAAAAAUUGAAAUUUACAGCUCCUAAUUUCUGUCCA